ACUCUAUUUAUCAUUGUAGUGUGUGCGUGUUUGUGAGGAAAAGAGAGAGAGAGAGCGAGGGAGUUUUUCAAGCGUGGGGAGGGGGUUUGUCUGUGUGUCGGGCAGUAGUCCUGCUAGUCUCACUCCACGAGUUAAGUUAAAUCACAGGCAGACACUGGCACUCUGCAGUGAUCUCCCUGUGUCUCCCGGUUCGUCCAGCUCUGAAAGCAACACACAGCCUCCUGGUUCUACAGCUGCAGGACGUGCCAAGGCCCUCGCCCAAGGCCUGUAUCAGUCGCCACAGACGCACCCCUGCUGACACGGUCCCCUGCAUUAAAGGCCCUGCAAAAAAAGGGGGGGAAAUGCAGAAUCUAACCAAAGGCGAGACAGAAGGGAUAAACCUGACAUGUGGCAUGUCUGGAAGCCACAAGUUCAUCUUCACCCUGGUGCCCAUCGUCUAUGUCUUUAACUUUGUCAUCGGCAUCAUCGGGAACAGCAUGGUGGUGGCGGUCAUCUACUGCUACAUGAAACUCAAAACGGUGGCCAACAUUUUUGUCCUCAACCUCGCUGUGUCUGAUCUCACCUUCCUUAUCACCCUGCCCAUGUGGGCAACCUUCGCAGCUAUGGGCUACCACUGGCCUUUUGGAGGGUUUCUGUGCAAGACCACCGCCGGACUGGCCAUGUUCAACCUCUAUACAAGCAUCUUUUUCCUCACAGCGCUCAGCAUUGACCGCUAUCUGGCCAUUGUGCACCCUGUGCGGUCGUGGCGGUUCCGCACCGUGGUAUAUGCACGCAUCACUUGUAUGAUGAUCUGGCUGUUUGCUUUUUUACUCAGCAUUCCAAUAGCCUUGACCAGGGAUGUCCAUUAUAUUGAAAACUCUAAAACUAUUGUUUGUGGCAUUCUGCACGCUACAGACGAAGACGCCAAAAUGCUGGACGGUCUCCUCCUGGGCAUCAGCCUCCUGAAAAGCCUGCUGGGUUUCAUGAUACCCUUUGUAAUCAUCAUCACUUGCUACAGCCUGAUUGGGCGGGCUCUGCUGAAGGUUACGCACAUUCAGAAAAGCUCUUGUUCCCGGGAUGACGAGGUGCUGCACAUGCUCGCAGCAGCUGUCCUUGCUUUCUUCCUGUGCUGGGCACCCCACCAGGUGUUCCACUUCAUACAGAUGCUCACUCAGCUCAUCCUGAUGGACAACUGCACCAUUCUGGAAAUCAUUGAUACUGCGAUGCCAUUCACCAUUUGCAUCGCCUACUUCAACAGCUGCGUCAACCCCAUCGUGUACAGCUUUGUUGGGCGCAACUUUCGCAAUAACUUACUGCGACUGUUGCGCUGCUCUCCAAGCGGUGUUGCAAGGCCUCAUCCAAGCAUCAGCUCCAAGAUGAGUGCUCUUUCUUUUCGGGCCUCUGAAGCACUGAGUCUUACAGUCAAAAGCAACAUUUCCUGUGAUGUCAAAUGACAAAAAAGGCCAAAGACAAGAAACAGUGUACAAUUGAUCUGCCCUCUGUUUUAGUCUGUACUGAAGAGGUUAAAAGCAGACACAUCCAAAGUUUUAAAUCCUCAGCUGUAAAGUAUGAGCAGUGAAACAUUUAGAAGGAAGAGACUAACAGACAAUCACUACCUUAAGCGAUGUAGACUUUCAGUACAUAUUGUCUUGGUCACAUUUUUUAAUCAUAAACUUUGAUAUAUUUUUAUUGAAAUUUUCAACACAAAGGAGCCCAUAAUUGUGAAGUGGAAGGAAAAUGAUACAUGAUUUAAAUUUGUUUUGAAUAAAAAUCUGAAAUGUGUGGCAUAAAUUUUGUAUUCAGCCCCCUGAGUCAAUAUGUAUUAGGAAUACCUUUUUCUGAAACACGGCAUAAUGCUGCCACCACAGUGUUUAAUUGUUGGGAAAAGUCUAUCCAGUGUGUUAGUUUCCAAAAAAUAGCUGUUUGCAUGUUGACAAAAACAUUUUAAAUUGGUUUCAUUUGAUUAGAGUGCGGGCUGCACGGUGGUGCAGUUGGUAGCACUGUUGCCUUGCAACAAGAAGGCCCUAGGUUCAAUUCCCAGCCAAGGGUCUUUCU